AUGACGAACCUACCUUUUGCUUCAUUCUACUUGCUUCUAUCUUGUUUACUGAUCAUCCUAGUAUCAACCUCCACAUCCAAACCAGCAUUAGCUUUCUCCAUUGCAAGCCUCAGUGACUACCACGAGCUCGAGCUCCCACAUAACAUAGUCGGCCCUGAGAGCAUUGCGUUCGACUGCCGCGGAGAAGGACCUUAUGUUGGGGUUUCAGAUGGUAGAAUUCUCAAAUGGGAAGAACAUCUCAAGUCUUGGACAGAGUUUGCCUAUACUUCCCCGAAUAGGAAGAAGAAUAUAUGCGAUGCCUCAACCGACAAGUUUAAGGAACCGAUAUGCGGGAGGCCACUGGGUCUCAAGUUUAACCCCACAACGUGUGAACUCUAUAUUGCAGACGCCUACUUUGGCCUCUUGAAGACGGGACCAAAUGGCGGUCCUCCGCAUCAGCUUGCAAUAUCAGCAGGAGGAGUUCCGUUCCAUUUCCUAAAUGCUUUGGACGUUGAUAAUGAAUCAGGAAUGGUUUAUUUUACAGAUACUAGUCUUAUUUUCCAAAGAAGUGUUUGGAUAUUGUCCAUCAUCUCCGCUGACAGAACUGGAAGGUUAAUGCAAUACGACCCUAGUACAAAGAAGGUGACUGUGUUGCUCAAGGGAUUGGCAUUUCCAAAUGGUGUGGUUCUAAGUAAGGACAAAUCUUUCCUCCUCCUAACCGAAACCGGCACGCUGAAGAUCCUCAGGGUGUGGCUUCGAGGACCCAAAGCUAAUACCGUAGAACUCUUCGCUCAACUGGUCGGGUUCCCGGAUAACAUCAAGAGAAACAACAAUGGAGAAUUCUGGGUUGCGAUCAACAACGGAGGAGGAGGAGGAGGAUUAAUACCGACUCUGCUAGGAGAUCCUGUAGGAGCGAAGUUUGAUGAGGAAGGAAAUGUUUUGGAGGUGCUUGAUGGAGAGGAUAGUGCUGCAGCCUUGCUUAAGUCUGUUAGUGAAGUUGAAGAACACAACGGAAAGCUGUGGAUGGGAUCAGUCCAGAAUUCUUAUGUUGGUGUUGGCUUGUUAUAG